AUGUAUUUUGGUGGAGCGGUGAGGAGAGUUGCGUUUGUGAGUGGUGGCCCAUUUCACCAUCUCACAAUGCCUACGCUCAGGGCUCUUCCUCCACUUGCUGUCGUCAAUCUUCUCUCUGUUCGUCAUUUAACGAACAAGUCGCCUCAGCGCAAGCAAACCAUGAUAACCAAGACUAAGGAAAUAGGUAAGAAAAUGAGUAUUGAAACGGUCGAAACGACUAAGAAAAUCAAAGAAAAUACACUGGCCAAAUCUAAAGAGUUGAAAGAAAGUUUUUCCAGCAUGAUUCCUUCCGAGUAUCACGAGAAUAUAUAUACCAUCCCUAAUAUUUUAACCUUCACAAGACUACUUUCUGCUCCUAUCAUUGGAUAUUUGAUAGUUCACAACCACGUAACGUCAGCUCUUUCUUUAUUCACGUAUUCAUGUAUCACAGAUUUUAUUGAUGGAUACAUUGCUAGAAAGUAUAAUAUGAAAUCCGUUGUCGGUACGGUGAUAGAUCCAAUGGCUGAUAAAUCAUUGAUGAUCAUAUGUACUGCUUGCAUGGCUCAAUCGCACCAAAUACCAAUGUACGUGGCUGUGAUCAUAUUAGGAAGAGACGUACUCUUGGGAUUAUCGGCCAUCUACUACAGAUACGUCUCCUUACCAAGACCAAAAACCUUCAAGAGAUUUUGGGAUUUUAGCAUUCCGAGUGCCGAGGUGAGGCCAACUACGAUAAGCAAGAUCAAUACAGGGCUGCAAAUGGUUUAUAUCGGGAGCUCGAUGAUAAAGCCAGUGUUGAUUCCAUAUUUAACAUCAGACUCUUCAGCCAUGGUAUUACAGGGUCUAUUUGCAUUGGAGAUCACCGUGGCAAUCUCCACUAUACUAAGUGGGCUGUCCUAUGUUUUCAGCAAGGAUGCAGUCAGAAUAUUAAAUAAAGAAAAUGCCAAAUAA